GUUAUUUUAUUAUUUAAUUCUAUAAUUUAUUUGUAUAUUAUUAUUAUUGUUAUUUUAAUUUUUCACGUCAACCUGUCUCUUCAUAUUCACUGUUUAUUUAUUCAAUAAUUGUAAUUUUUGCCAUCUUUCUUUCCUUCGCCUAUAGGUAUCUAAUAUACUAUAUAUAAAUAAAUUUAUUUAGGGUGAGAGCGGAGAGGAAUUAUCCUACAAAACACAGUUUCGGCCUCAAUGUGUUGUGGUCAGCAUGUCCACAGUGUCGGGGCUUGCUUCAAAGGAGGACAAAGACAAAGGGUCGAAACAAAAGUACAGUUCAUUGAAUAUCAAUAAUCUCUACAAAGGCAAAAGUCUUGAAAGUCCUAAGACAGCAGUUAUUCCCAAACAUGGACUUCAGACAUUGGGUAAAGUGGGCGCUAUUCGCCGUAUUCCCCCACCAACAAAUUUGCCUAGUUUGAAAAGUGAAAACGCCGGAAAUAAUCCUAACGUAAACAUAGUUCCAAGCGGAGGUCAAGGAUGGGUCAAAGACAAAACACAAGAGGAAUCUACAACUUCUACACAGCAGGUGACUCCGGAUUCCUUGAAUUCCUCAAUAACUGGUCAACCAGUAGACUCUUGCAGUCAAUUUCAUGGAGACAAGAAUGGUUCAGCGGUUGUGGCAGCAGCCAUAAGGUCACAAGAGCAGCAGCAGCAGGCGCUUAUGUAUGGCUCAAAUGCAAUUGCUUUAAAGGAAAAAGGAAACGAUUCCUUCAACCCGACUUCUGCUGCGUCAGUGAAGAGCAGCAACGCAAAUUCUCGAAGUUGGAGUACUAUCACAUCACAAGACGAAAGUGGUCAAUCAAAGAGCUUUCUGGCUCAUGGUUCUCCUUAUUUUCCCCAAGAGUUUCCAGAACUGGAUGGUGGAGACUCAGGAAAAGAAGGAGAUCAAAAACCAAACAUCGACUACUCUUAUGGCCCAGGGCCAAGUUUAAGACCUCAGACAGAGGGAAGCUGGAGUCGGGGAACCGGCUCAACAAUCAAACCAUCAGUGUCUACCGCUUCAUCCUCUUCAUCCACACAAGGAGGAAGUGGAGGAAUAAAUGUAGGUGUGGGUGUAACUGGUCAAGGGUUACUUCCAGGAAUAACUGGACCAGUGCCCCAAACUCAUCAACCACAUAUGUUAGGAACGGCAAGUGUAAAGACUACCGCAAACCCACUAGUGAACAAUGGCAACGUCGUAAACGGACAAUCUGUGUGUAUUGAUAGUCCUCAAAUUAUUGAUCUUCAUUUACAGACUGUUGUCAAUAGCUCUACUCCACUGCAAAAUUUUCAUAUGUUUGGACCUUCUGUUGGAAAUAUACCAGGUGCUCCGAAUCUUCAACAAUUCAGAUCAAUGGUUCCUUCUUAUUUAUACGGUCGGAUGCCUGGUAGCAACUUUCAUGGAAUUGUACCGCCUACUCACCUCGCAACGGGAUAUCCUUUAGGACCUGUUCAGUCUAACUUUCCACGAGCACCUUAUCCAGAUCCCAAUAGAGCUCGAAUUCCUCCAUCUCAUAAAGCUCAUCAUCAAAAAUCUCAGUCAGAAGACACUGAGUCUUCGUUUACCGAAAGAAAAGGAAUUGCUCCAGCAAUUUUAACGGAUAAAGAUUUGAAGGGAUUUGAUGAAAUACUGGACAGUGAAGGUAUUGACGAUUGGGUUGCUCCACCCAAUGACAUUGACUAUAAUGCUAAAUUGGUGUUUAGCGAUGAUGAAGAUAGUACACCUAGUCAUCAAAAUAAGGCACCAGUAGCUACCAAAGGUAAUUCUCACUCUAAUGAUGCUGUCAGCAAAUCUAAUGAGCUCGAUAAGCAUCCGAAAGAGGUGAGAGAUGAUAUCGGCAAUGACAACAGGGAAAAAGAUAGAGAGCGUGAAAAGAAUGAUAUUCCCAAAUACAGGCCACCUAUGGCUAAAGCCUCUAAUCAAUGGCCGUCAAACACUUAUUCUUCAGUUCAAGAACCAGGAAAAUCAGUCAGUGAUGUUCAAUCUAGUGGAAGUUCUAGUUUGAACAAUUAUGCUCCUGUCAAAAGUAAAAAUGAUUUUCCUGAUGACGAUGAAAUGUGGAAACAGCGUAGUCGACAGCAUUCAGAUGAAAUGAUUGCUGCUGUUGAACGGGCUAGAAAGCGUAGAGAGGAAGAAGAAAAAAAGUUUGAAGCAAGUCGACUUGCUGCAUUAGAAAAAGCUAAGAAACUUGAAGAAAAGACGCGUCUUGAGAGACAAAAAUCCGAGUCCAGGGAGGGAUCUUUAUCAAUCGAAGACAAAGAAAAUCGAGAAAAAGAACCUCGUCCACGGGAAUCUCGGGAUGAUAGAUCCACCCAUUCAAGUGAAAGUCAUGAAGACAAAGCUACUCGUGAUGUUCAGCGCUCUAAUCAAAGAAAUUUUUCAGCGACAAAUUUACCUUACGGAACCAAAGCAUUCACUAAAGAGGUUCCUCCAAGAUUCCAGAAACAAGCUGAGCUUCAAAGACAAUUGCGACAACAACUUCAGCAUUUACAACAUAAUCAACAUCAACAUAAACAACAGCAGUCAGAACCUCUUACUCCGACUCAGACACAACCCCAAAUGAAACAAUCUCAACCACAGCAGCAACAGCAACAACAGCAACAACAGCAGCAGCAGCAGCAACAACAACAACACCAGCAGCAGCAGCAACAGCAACACCACCACCAACAGCAGCAGCAGCAACAACACCAGCAGCAGCAGCAACAGCAGCAACAACAACAACAGCGACAACAGCAGCAGCAACAACAGCAUCAGUCGCAGUCACAGUCGCCACAGCUAACACAACAACAACAACAGCCUCAGUUACCAACUCAGGUUCAGACUCAAUCUCAACCACAGUCACAGUCACAGCCACAACAACAACAACAACCUCUGCACCAACAACAGCAGCAAACUCAACCUCCAACACAAUUACCGACUCAGGCUCAGACUCAAGUUCAGGCUCAAGUUCAGGGACAGGCUCAGACUCAAGCACAGGCCCAGGUACAGGCUCAGGCCCAGGUACAGGCUCAGGCUCAGGCUCAGGCCCAGGCUCAAGCUCAGGCUCAAGCUCAGGCCCAGGCUCAGGCUCAAGCUCAGGCCCAAGCUCAGGCCCAAGCUCAGGCCCAAGCUCAGGCUCAGGCUCAAGCCCAGGCUCAGGCCCAAGCUCAGGCUCAAGCUCAGGCUCAGGCUCAGGCGCAAGCUCAAGCUCAGGCUAAGGCUAAGGCUCAGGCCCAAGCUCAGGCUCAGCCUCAACAACAACCUCGAUCGCAAGCUUUGCAGCAGCAGCAUCAGCAGCAGCAUCAACAUCAGCAGCAGCAUCAACAUCAGCAGCAACAUCAACAUCAGCAUCAGCAUCAGCAUCAACAACAACCGCUGCAACAACAACAACAGCCACCUCUCUCUCUACCACAACAAUCCCAGGUCCCGGUAGUUUCACAGCCUCAGCAAUUACAACAACUUUUACAACAUCAUCAACAGAAACAAUCGAUUGCUAAUGUUGCCCAGCAGUUACCAAUAACUCAACAUCAUCAAAUUCAGCAAACGCAGCAUCAACAACACCAGCUUCCGAUUCAUCACCAAAUCCAGCAUACUCACCAGCAACCCCAACAUCUUCCUUUACACCAUCAGUAUCAGCAACAAUUACACCAAUUUCAGUAUCAACAAAGCUUCCAACAUCAAUUUUCUGCUGCUUUAUCUCAACCAGCUAUAGGAGCUGGUUUUAUACCAUUGGAUAAAAAUGCUCUUAGUGAAGAGUUAUUUGAAUGGAAAAGGGACCUAAAAGAUAAUAAAUGGGGGUUUGAAAUUUGGGGUAGCAACAGUAGUAGUCUCAAUGAACGUCCCUUGAACUAUGAUCAGGUGAAUCAUGUCAAUGAUCCCAUCAAAGAGAAAACUAGUCAUCUCUCGCCAGAUGACAAGUCUGAUAACCAUAGUGAUCAACUGAAGCAUAGUAAAAAUGAAGAAACUGGAAACAAGUCAUCUACAAGAAAUCAUCCUCUUCCUAGUGAACGGAACAAUGAGGUUAGAGAGAGAAGACGCAGGGAAAGUGAUAAAAUAGUUAGGAAGCCUACAAGUUCAAGAAGUAGUGUCAGAUCUAACCAAGUUAAAGAAAAAAGUAGUCAUGAUAGAGAAAACCGAGAAGAGCGCUCUGAAUUUUCUAGGCGAGGUGGAACUAGUGGAAGUAGUGGAGGAGUUCCGUUCAGAGGUGGUCGCAGGGAAUACCGUAGUACAAGACUACCUUCCGGAGAAAAACCUACACAUUAUAACAAUGAUGAUAAAUAUUCUAAAAAUAUUUCAUCAAACUCUAGGAAAAUUACUCGAACAUCACAUAAGCGAUCUUCGAUUUCAGAAACUUAUGAAAAGGAUGAAAGAAAACGAAAAAAUCAAAUUAAAUCUGAUAAUUUAGACAAAAACCAUCCUGACGAAGGAGAAUCUGCUAAAAACUCUUCAAGAAAUAAAAAUUCUUCGAAGGGUAAAAGUUCUUCAAAAAGUGAAAUCCCAAAUCGCCAUGAUAAUAAAAGCAGUGAUAACAAUAAUCACGACCAUCCAAUUAAAAACCAAACAACCUUUACUCGAACCGUGGUUGUCGCUAAUGAAACAGUAAAUCAUGAUGUAUCCAAUUCUGCAAGCUCUCAUAAAGAAGGAAACAAAACAAACCACUCUGUAAGCAGCUUCGAUAAAGCAGCCUCAGGAAUCUCGCCCAACUUAGCUUCUGAAAAUCAAGCAGAUAAAUCAGUUUCUAGCAAUCAAGGUCGAGAAGAGGGUAAAAAGAUUCGUAAUACCGCUCCACCUUUCCGUAACAAUCCAAAAGGUGAUGUAACUCGUUCAAGGAAUUAUCCAUCAAAUUAUGGUCCGCCUCCUUCUAAAGCUGCCUUUGAAACAGUUAGCAAAGGCCCUUCUUCAACUUCACAAAUCUUUGAUCCUCCAAAUGGAAAACAAUUCAAAAAGAUUAAUUAAUUAUUUGUAACACCUUAAGAACCAAUAAAAAGCAAUAUGUUACUCUUUGAGUUUCAAAGUGUUUCAAAUGCUUUUACUUGUCCAACUGUAUCUUUUUAAUAAAUAUGGGUGAAGUGAACAAUCUUA